UUCUCACGUUACCCAUCCCCCACUGCCACCAGGGGUCAUUGAUGAAAGGAGCACCAAGGCAAACUCUUGAUAUACAGCAACACAGACAGCAAGUGAUAGAGUAGCCGACUCUUUCUAUUUUUUUAAUGUUCCUGCUACAGCACAUACAAUGCACUUGUUGCUGUUAAAGGGAAUCGAGCAUUUCAAUGGCUGUCCGCGACAGCAAACUUGUGCAACAAGUGACAAGAGACUUUUAUUUUGAAAGACUUAUUGGCAAGUAUCAACAACAGGGCGUGAAACCUGUUUCAAAAGACACAAACUAGAAAAAUAACUGAUUGUCCAACAUUGUGAGGUCAUCAUUCUGGCAUAAAGGAAAAAAAUAGCAAGCUUAAAAGACUACAAUCAGCAGCUAAUAAAUUGUAUCGUUUAGGAAAAAUUGUGGACUUUAGCGAAAAGGCUGCGUUUCCUCCCGGGUUUAGGACGUGAUUGGCGGUCCGCCGAAAGUUGGAAACACACGAACGAAUUUAUUUGUUUACUUGUGCCAGACCCCCAGCUAAACCAGGAUGAAGUUUGGAGCUGCUUGUUUUUAUCUCUCCUGGAUGUCAACAGGGUGCUUUGCACUGCUGGUGUCAGUAGAACAGUCUGUGCGUUACGUGACAAUGUUCGCCUCAGUCACCAUAAGAUGUGAUUAUACAACAUCUGCACAGCAACAAGAUGUUACAGUGAAAUGGAUGUUUAAGUCAUUCUGUAAGGACCCUAUUCUGGACUAUUACUCUGCUGCUUACCAGGCAGCUCUGGGCCUUAGUCAGGACCCAAUGAACGAUUGUCCAGACAGUCAGCGUGUCGUGCGGGUUGUCCUUCAGAAAAGUGGCCAGAAUGAGCCUAUCUUAGGAGGAGAAUACCAGCAGCGAAAGAUCACCAUCCAGGACAGAGCUAACCUAGUAAUUAGUGAAGUGAUGUGGUGGGAUCACGGCGUUUAUUACUGCACUGUUGAAGCCAGAGGAGAUACUAUAGGUGAUCCUGACAAGGAAGUCAGACUGAUUGUUUUGAAUUGGCUAACCAUCAUCUUCAUCAUUCUUGGAGGUGUGCUUCUGUUUUCAUUAAUUGGCAUCUGCGUUUGCCAGUGUUGCCCUCAAGCUUGUUGCUGUUAUCUUCGUUGCCCCUGCUGUCCCACAAAGUGCUGCUGCCCAGAAAAGGCUAUACUGAGGAACAAGCUGAUGAAAGACAUGAAGAAAGGAAUCCUGCCAUUGAUGACAGACAAGCCUGGCUACAUCAAUGGACAUUACUCUUUACCCUCCUCCACCUACCAGCUUAACCCACUGCUACAGCGAGGAUACCCCCAAGCCAGCAGCUAUCCUAUUCAAAUGGCUCCCCUGCCUGACCCAAGGCAGGCAGCUGCAACUAAUAAGGUGGUGGACUAUCUGGAAAAUGAAGUGAAAAACUUAAACAUCCAUCAGUUGCACCAAACCUCAGCUCCAUUUAAUGGCAGCCACCAUCCCAGUAUGCUGUCUUCCCUUAAUGAUGUUGAGGUGCGAGAGGUUGAGAGGAGAGUCAUCCACCUGCCUCCUAUUAUUGAGAGGGUAUCAAACUCUGCCAGAAAUAGUGGCUCAUCAAGACAGAGGAACAACUACCCUGGUCAGCGGGAACCAUCAGACAAUGAGUUUAACAGGAGGAACCAGAGGCCCAGAUCAUUAGAGAGUUCGCAUUCCAGGAGAGACAACUCAAGAGGGCCUUUCCAGGACAGAAGAUGGGGUGAGAGAGAAGUGGCAUCCAGACGAGACACUUAUGAAGGCAGACCAGUAAGCCCAAGAAGGCACCAUCCCUCUCAACAACGAAGUUAUAGUGAUGAAUCAGAUUAUGAAGACAGAAGAGGUUAUUCAGGUUACAGACAGAGAAGAAGACAUUCUGAGGAGGAUCAUUUCCAAGACAGACAGACAGAUCGCCGGAGGCAUUCACCUGAACGAUGGUACAAUAGGAGGGAAAGAGGGCGUUCUCCUCCAGCCCAAAGAGACUCUUGGAGUUCUGAUGAUGAAUAUGACCGUCGGCAAAGCCCUAAAGCACGUCAGUAUGACCAAGUUAAAGAUUCUUUCUUAGAAAAACCUCCUAGCUAUCAUUCAAUCGAAGUACAUCCAGGACAGAGUGAUGCACGGCGGACAGUUAAUGACAGGCAGUCUGAAAGAGGCAGCUCCCGGAGUGGAAGAAGUGUGAUGAUUUAGACCUUUCAUCAGAGUCAGCUUUGUGAACGUAGAAGGCUAAGUAACUGUGCAGUCACAGCUUCAUUCUUCCAGCUGUGUGUAGCAGCAAACAGUUGCACCUUUAUAGAGACUUCUCUUAGUCUGAAACACUGAUUGUGCUAGAAUCCGUGACUAAACUGGAUUUUAGGAAGCUUGUAUACUACCCACCAAUUUCUAUGAAAACAUUUGCAUGUUUUAGGAAUUGACUUAUGACUGGUUUUCUGCCAGUAUCAUACUGUUAUGCAUCUUACAGUACUGAUGUGUGAAUCUCUUGUAGUUUGUUUUGUACACUAAUUGUUGCCAAUUAAUGGUAAUAAAUAUUUUGUAAGAAUGCCAGCAGCCAGAAAUAAGAACAUUGAUUCCUAUCAGGACUCAGGUCAUCACACAAGUGGAUGUCCAACAUAGUGCAUAUUUUUUAUUACAUUUUCAUUAAGACGCUUGAAAGCAUGGAAUUUGGUUGUAACUUGAACUAUUUUUUUAACUGUAGAUAUGUUAUUAAGCAAAAUGGAGGUUACUUUAAAAAUAAGGAUUGGGUACAGCUUGAGAUUAUGGUUAUAGCAGGUUUGUCUUAUUUUAAAGAUUUAAAAAAACAUGACAUAUUAUGUAUAUUUAACUGCAAGUACAUAGAUUAUGAGUAACAAAUAUUGUCACAUAGUUGGGAUAUUUUUAUCCCUGUAACUCAAGGACAGUGUAGUGAACUUAACUGUAAGUUCAGGAUGUAGGAAAGAUAGUUAAAGAUGUUAGUCCUGUUAUUGCCCAUAUAGUCUGUUACUGUGGCAAAAGUUGUUUUUUUGUUGUUUAAGCAGUGUUUCAUCGGGGUCUUCUUUUCUGUUACACAGGGACCAUUUAAGGUAAUAUGUUACUGUUCAAAGCACACAUGAAAUUAAGAACAAAGCAGUGUAUUAAAAGAAGUAUAAAUUAAAAUAUGAACUGAGGCACAUUAUGAUUUACAAAGAAAACAACAUUAUGUGGAAAAUCAGAGAAGUAAGCAAAACGUAAGCAAUGUCUUUUGGCUUUUCCCGGUUAGGGGUCGUCACAGCAGAUUGAUUGGCAGUGGAUUUUUACGGUGCUGAUUUGCCAGCCCAAUGCCCAGCCUUCACAG